AUGGCAAUAAUCCAAGAAGCAUCAUUUGUGAUCCAAGCCAACCCUGCACCAACAGACUACAACAAACGAGUCAUUCUUUGGGUCCUAGCCCAGAAUAAUCUAGCAAGCUCAGGAUUUCUGGGUCGCGCGUGCAAUAACAGUGGCAUCCAUCCGUCUGAUGAGAGCACAGUGCCCUUUAUGGCAUUUGGCAAGCGUGAGCCCACUUCAACUGUCCUAGCCCAGAAUAAUCUAGCAAGCUCAGGAUUUCUGGGUCGCGCGUGCAAUAACAGUGGCAUCCAUCCGUCUGAUGAGAGCACAGUGCCCUUUAUGGCAUUUGGCAAGCGUGAGCCCACUUCAACUGUAGGUGGUGCUGAAGUGAGAAAUGGUACUGCUCAUCCUCACAUUAAUACCACUUCUUUAACUCCUGGUGAGCUUCCACCACAAGAUGGUAUAGGUGCUGAGAAAAUAAACAAAACUUACAACGAUGUAGUAGUUAACAACAAGCACAAAUACAAUGGAGGUGGAGGUGANUAGGAGUAGGAGACAAACAAAAUACAAUGGAAGAGGAAGAGGCCGAACCAACAGAAACCAUGCACACAGGAAAAGGGUUUUCAACAAUGAAGGCUACAAACUGGGGGAGUUUGCACAGUGCAUGGGUAGAGGAAGGUGUGUAGGCAUGAGGCUGGAUUGCCCUCUUCACUGCGGUGGACCUUGUUUCUACGACUGUACCCAUAUGUGCAAAGCUCACUGCCGGCGCUCCAACUGAUCUCUCUCGCUCUCUCUGCUAAUCCCUCAUAUUGUUCAAACUUUUCUUGCUUCAGAAGCUAAGAAGCUCAUUACUGGAAGUGUUUUUGAUUUUGAACUUUUGUUAUGUUGGUUUAGUUUUGAAGUCAGCAGUGUGCUGAAUGGUUUCAUUGGAUUGAAAUUGAAUUGUGGUGUGUUUGUUUUGUUUUUUGAAUUUUGCAUGCUAUUGACAAUAACACAGACUCCAUUCAUAUUCUCUGACGUAUGGAAUCAAAGGAUUCGCUUUUAAGUCUAUUUUAAUUUUUUUUAUUUCAAGGGUCGGGCCAAUUUAUGCCA